UAAUGGCGGACGGAAGUGAAAAAUCCUGAAAAUGGAGCUAAUAAAACUGAAAAUAUCCUCGUUUUCCAAGAUCUUAGGCUUGGAUACCCCUCAUGCCAAAUUUGGCUGCUACUUGCUGCUUGGAGUAACAGCAACUGGAGCAACUGCCCAAGUUAUGUGGUACCUUAUUCGGAGGCAAAUAGCCAAAGUUCGAGAAGACAGUUUAAAACCAGUGUUUGAUGAAAGUGAAACAAAUGGUGUAGAUGUUGAGACACUUGGUGCCCUAUGUAAAUCGACCAACACAAACCUGAGAAGAUGUGCUGAACAGCUCAUCACUGAAAGAUUUGUUAACAACAGUCAUGCUCUGAACAAACUCUUUCACAACUGUCUCCAUGGCAACAAGGAUGAAAUCUACAAAGCCUGCAGCAUCCUGUGUCAUGGAACGCUGAUGACAGAGGCUGAAUCCUGGCCACUUGGCUUUGAUAAGGCUGUUAUCCACACCAUGGGAAUGGUUCUCAUUCACAGCAUAGAACCUGACUUCACUGAUGAUGAUUUGUACCGAGAGAAGAUCCAGAAGAUGGCUGCUGCUGGCUUGUUUGCGGCUUCCUCCUUGUUUGGAAAUGUUUACAGUGCCAAAGAUCAGGAUGAUGCCAUUCUCCAGGCAUUCUUACCCGAGAUGUGUCACUGCUUGUUGUAUCUGGUCCGGGCCAGUCGAGACCGGGAUGUUCAGAGGUUCUGUCUCAUCAUCAUCAAUCAUCUCAUCAUAGAUGGUAAUAAAGAGGAACAUGUGUUUGAAGCAGGAGGUGUUCCUGUCAUUGCCAGUGUGUUCGUUGCUCAACAAGGUGACAUUGUCUUCCAGAAGAUGUGUCUCCAGUUACUGAUUGUGUUCCUGCGUAUCCGAGUCGUUGAUGACAAAACAGAUCCAAGGAAACAGAUCGCGGAUCAGAAAGUCAUUUGGCACCUCGUGGCCUGUCUGCGCUCGGAUGAUCUUCCCUGUGUUAACUGUGCUGCAGCAGUUCUUUACCAACUUGUCACCCUAAGUCGUCAGGAGAUAGUCUCUGUUCCUGGAUUAGUGAGAGUGUUCGGGCGUAACUUGGCCAGCAAUGAUGCCAAACUUCAGUGGCUUAUUCUGCGUAUUAUCUUCAUGUUGGCAGUGGAAGAUGCCCAGUUCAAAUUAGAUGUUCUCAAUUCCAACGAUAUACUUGAAAGGUUAUCUGCACUGUUCAUGAGCGGGGAAACAGAGGUGGUCAGCAGUGCCCUAGCUCUUACUGACUGUAUUCUUCUGGAAGGGAAAGAUGCAGUCAUGAAGGUGUUGAAUGCAAGCGACCAACUCAUUCCUAACCUGACCACGGUCAUAUCCCACCGCGAGCCCCUCAUUCAGAGAAUGCUUGCGGAAAUACUUGGUUUAAUCUGUACUUGUGAGGAAGCCAUGCUGAAGGCGGUUGAUUUUGGUAUCGUCCCGGCAAUUCUCCACUUCGCACAGAUAACCCAGCAGUCAACAUCCGACAGUGAUCUUGUCUUCCAUGCGACUGCCAUGCUACUCAACCUUGCUAUGACGUCAGACAGCAUUAAGUGUGAGAUCCUUAAGGCUGGUGGAUUAAGUAUCUUGAUGGAGCUGGCCAUUGAGUUGGGCAAUAGAACCAACAUCUCAGUGCUGGCUGCCAAGUCACUGAUCAUGCUGGGGUAUACAGAUCAGGAUUCUAACUUACGAGUUGAAUGUAACAAAGAUAGGGCUAGUGUUAUCAUUGGGAAGAAGAGAGCUGUGUUUCUCGGAUCUGGCCUGCAUGUGGUGACUUGGCACCUCUCAACAAAUCAGAUCAAACACGUGAUGUGUCUUCAUAACAGUUCCGAUCUCAUCCAAAUCAAACCCUCCAAGGAGCAUGGCAUUCUCUAUAUACUCGUCAUCAAUGGAUCAAAGCAGCUCACAGAAGGCUUGCAUAAGGCUUCGUUCAUGUUCAAACCAAGUGGUGAGGAGGAUGUUAUGGCUGAAGUAAAGAAUCACACGUACAGCGUUCUUAUCGGCCAUUACAGGGAGGACAAGUUUCACAUUAAAGAUUAUCAAGGUUCAGACUUGGAGCUCAUGGUAGCAAAGUUUCAGAUCUCUUACAAUUCUCUAGUCAACCAUUUUGUGAGUGAGCGUGUAGUACAACCAGCCGUCAAAAGUAUCUCAAUGUCUCCAGUCACAAGUCCAGUCAGUAAAGUCUCGGAGCUUGAGAUCCUUCAGGUCUUGUGCCACCACGAGGACCACAGGAACACUGUACUCAACUGUGAGAUGAUGCUCAAUGACUUGAGGGAUAUGGUUCGUGUCAUAUCGGAAUGUCUACACAAAAUAGAGCAACUUGAACCAAUCUAUUUUGCGCACAGUCUGGCUGCGUUGGAGGUGUUGGUGGUCUUGGCUAUUGAUGCUCGUUUCUGCAAGUUUGCUGUUGAGAAGAAGUUUGUCCCAGUUCUCAUUGACUUACUCCACUCCAUCACAAGACUUUGGUUGAACUCAGCUGUCAAAGGUCUGACAGAGAAACAAGAACUCUUGUGUACUGAAUACCAUGAAGUCCUGCAGAACCUGGCCAAGCAUGCCCUCCUCACCCUCUACCAGUUCAUCAAUGUCAAUGAUAUCCAUCUCCACGACCGUAUCAAGCUACUGCUACAGAAAGAGGGUGCUGUCCUGAUGGUCUGGUCACUGCUACUGUGUGCUGGGAGCGUUCUCAAAGCCUCCAUUUCAGUGUCGGCCUCGGCAGUCCUGUUGUCCUUAUGUUGUGAAGAUGCCCUGCCAGAUCAUGACAGACACCUCUCUCUACUCAACCAUCACGACAAGACGUCAUCCCUUCAGUUGUCGCCGAGUCAGCUCUGGGCAAAGAAUGACAGUUGGACUUUUGAAAGUGUCCGUGCAACACAUGGUGCUAAUUUUGGUGCUGAUGUUGAGAAGGAAAACAGUCCCAAAGGAUGGUACUACGAGGCCACCAUACAUUCCAAGGGUAUCAUCCAGAUCGGCUGGUCAAGCAAGGACUGUAAUUUCUCGCCCCAGAAAGGUCUGGGUGUUGGUGAUGACAAAAGAUCUGUUGCAUUCGAUGGUGAAAGGUGUAAAAAGUGGAACGGCCCAUUGACGGAACAGUUAGAUAAUGUGUAUGGGGAGCCUUGGAAGGAUGGCGAUACAAUCAGCUGUUUGAUGAGUGACAAGGGUGACGUUAUCUACUGGCUGGACGGCAAGGAUCUGGGCAUUGCAUUCACAGGUCUUGAUCCUCAGUAUACAUGGUACCCCGCUGCCUCACUCGCUACGGACCAGUGUGUGGAGUUCAACUUUGGUGCAACAGCUUUCAAACAUUCCCUUCCUGAGGGAUAUCUUGCAAUGAAAGACGUACCUGUGCAGGGCGAGGAGCUCAACCAGGAGAAACCUCAGGUUGAUGAGACGUAUGAAGAGUUGAAGGACAACCUGAUCCCCCUGAGCCAGCAGAGCAAGUGUUUUGUGCCGACCCUCUACUUCGAGGUGAACCUUCCCCUGAAGCAGAGGCAGCCACUCCACAUGGGCAUGAUGUACCUGGACGAUCCCAUCAGGGAGAAGCUCUAUAUCAGUUACUGUAACAAUGUCCUCACACUGCCCGAUGGGAGGAAGAUAGCUGAUUUCCUCGAUGAACACAUCCCAGUGACGAUUGGCAUUGGUUACCUCUUUCAUCAGUCAACCAUAUUCUUUGUUGUUGAUGGAUCACCUAUCAAGAAGACUUUCUCCAUUCCUCGUAUGAACAAGCCACUCAUCCCCUACCUGAACUGCACCGUUGUCGACGUCAACUUCGGGACAAAAUACUUUGUCUACGAUCCUGCCAAUGAUAGAACCAUCAGACUGAGCUGUGCGGCUCUCCUGCAUGAUUAUUUUGAUCUCUACUGCCAUACAUCAUCAAAAAGCUACUCUCGUGCACUCAGUACAUGAAAAAGCAUGUGACAUCUUGUUCUAUCAACAGAAAAGGACUUAUAAAUGAACACCAUCAUUCUUGUUAGGAGAAAGCUUGAGAAAGUUGUUUUCUGUCAUAAUGAUGUUCGUCAUAUAUCAGUCUUCUCAAAGAAAUUGAAGUCACAAAAAUGUUCAUUUAGUCGAAUUUGUGCUUGUACCUGGUGCAUCAAAGUGUACUGUUGUUGUGUUGUUAAGUUUGAUAUUGUUGGACAUUCUUGAUCUCUUGUUGAGUGAAGUGUAUUCUUGUAAAGUUACUGAUCAUGACCAAGUCUAUGGCAUAUGCCAGUCAUCUUGUGUAACUGGAGGUUUAAUCACUGUUACUGAGCGAGUAUCAAAAACCAGUGGAUGUCUGUGUAUCCUUGUCUUCAUAUUCAUGUUCGUACUGUCCUUGGUAAUAGAAGUCACCAGGACAAUCAUUAGAUUGUAGACGCGGUUGUUACUUUCUGACAAGAGGCCUACAGGGCAGAGGUUGGGUGUAUGUAUCUAGUAAUGUAUAUGGUAAUUGAACGCAGUCAUAUUACAUUUACAUGUAUGUGUAAUUUGUUAAGAAAUGGAACCAAUAAAAAUCGUGAACUCGUUGUCAAAACA